AUGAAAAACGGAUCUAGAAUUCCAAAGUCUAUAAUAGAAAAGUAUAAGGAUACAACAUGUUUUAUGGUUAAUAAAGAUGAAUACAUGAUGGAAAUUGUACAACCUAGAAUUAUAUGGAUCAUGCCUAUGGGUUAUGAGGUGGAAGAGGCCACACUGGAUGCCUAUGUACAACAAAUACUGCAAGCACCAGUUGAUGAAAAGAAAGAAAAAUUUGGCACAGCCCAAGAAAAAGGGCUUAAGGUUCACCAAGAACAGGUUGCACCUAAUAUUAGGAAGAAAAUUACUAAGCUUGCAGCAGAAACUCUUAUAAGUGAAGGGCAUGAGAGGGCGGAUGAUGAACGAAAAACAGAGACUUCCAAGCAUCAGGAAGCAUCAUCCACUGAGCUUGCCAGUCCUAAACCAAUAGACUCAGCAAAGAGAAAGAAAAAGGCUACCCGACAAUAUAUGACUGUUUCUUAUGAGGAAACAAAAUCCGAUGAGGAUAUAAAGGAAGUUCCAAAGAAGAAAGGAGUUUUUGCUAGAGUAGUGAGGGAGAAGAAGGAGGAGAAAAAGAAAGAACCGAUUAAGGAGACUCCCCAGAAACCUAAAAUCACAAUUGUACAUAAGCAUAAACCUAAAUCUGAUGAGUAG